AUGCUGCUCAACCACAGGCGAGUGCCUGGUCCAGAGGAGUCCCAGACGCCGCUGUUGUUCAUGCCCCCUGGAGCCAAGGAUGGCGAAAAGGUGGCGGACGCCAGCUGGGAUCCGUCAGCCCUGCAGCUUCUGUUCGCCCGCGUAGGGCUGCUGAGCCAAUCCAAAGGCUCGGCCUACGUACUGUGCACUGUGGCCGGGCCGCGCAAAGCAGGCAGCGCCGGAGCGAGUAUCUCCGGCCAGUCCUGCAGCCAGCUGGUGUGCGAGUUCCGCUGGGCGCCCUUCUCUGGGCGUGGAGCCUGCAUCCGGCCCAGCAAGCAGGAGCCCGAACUGGCCUUGGCGCUGCAAGAAAUGCUGGAGCCAGCCGUGCGCUUGGCGCACUACCCCCGGGCGCAGCUGGAAGUAAGCGCACUCCUCCUGCAAGACGGUGGUUUGACGCUGGCCCUCGCCAAUGCUUGA